AUGAACAAGAAAACCAAGCAAAUUAUAAAUCAUUACACGUAUUAUGCCGACAUUGAAGAAGCAAAUCGUAAUGAUCAACCCGAAUGGAAAUUAUUAUAUGAUGCCAAAUCAUUAUAUAAAUUACAAGAUUUGGAACCGCAGAGUUGGCAUGAUUUAUCCGAAAGGCUCUUGACUGAUGAGAGCGAAUAUCAAACAUUUAAAAGGGUCGCUUCACGUAAUCAAGCUUUGAAUAAAUAUGGAUCAUGUCAAGCGUUGGAAUCUCAACAACAAUGUAAAAAACGAAUUAUAUGUAAACUUAGAAGUACAUUUUCAGGACAUGGACCAUAUUCAUCAUAUGAAUUGUGUAAAAAACAAAUGUGGAUACCACAUUUACCCGAAGAUUGGUUCUUAACGGCCACACUUGGUAAAAAGGUUAAUGUAUUAGUUGAUAUGGAUAGAUUUGAAGAAGAAGGUUAUGACAAAUCUGUUAAUGAUGAUAGUGAAUCUGAUGGAAUCACUUUGGAAGGAUUGCCUAGAACUAUUGUUAGAUUGAUUUUGGAAUUGGUUUUAGGUGGUGAUGAUGCUAUUUGUAGAUAA